CCCGAUUAUAUGACAGCUAAGAUGCGAGCUAUUUAUUCCAAAUUUUUAAUACUCCCUCCGUUCCUAAAUAAACUUCCAACUUUCCUUUUUCGUCCGUUCCAAUUAAAACUUCCAUUUUUCCUUUUUGGUAAAGAAUUUGUGGUUCACAACAUUUCUUACACAUUUCUCUCUCCUCUGCAUAACUCUCCACCACACAAUAUCCACUAUCUUAAACUUUGUGCCAAACCCAUUUGGAAGUUAAAAUGGGAACGGAGGUAGUACAAAACAGACGAGUCAUUUAAACUUUACAAUCCUUGAAAUUUGGCCUAAAAAUGUUGAAAACUCAAAAAGUUGAAAAGAAAAUGAAUUGUUCUUAUUUUACUCUACAAUAAAAUGAUUGAAACUUUUUUCCAAAUUUAAACUUGAAACGUGUCAAAGUUCAAUUUUCCUCAUUUGGAUCCACUGGGCCUUUGGUAUCUUCAUCAUCGUACACGUAAGCAAACCCUCCGUGCCGGGUCAAAUCCAUACCCGACAUUUCAUCCUCCUCCGAGAUCCGCAACAGAUUCAGUUUAUGUAGAACGUAGAAAAGAGGACCCAUUGUGACACUUACCCAUCCAAAGAUAACCAAAAUCUGAAUCACAUGGGCCGCAAGAAGCUUCCCGCCACCACCCAUAAACAACCCAUAAGGCCGGCCCGGCCUGUAAACCUCAUUAACGUACUUUUCCUUCGCGAAUAACGCCGUGAAUAUAAUUCCCCAAGCCCCACAGCCGCCGUGCAGCUGCGCCGCCUCUAACGGGUCGUCGUAUUUGAGUUUCUCCGCCAGCUUAUUAAACCCAAUCAACACCAACGCCGCCACAAACCCGCAAAUGAUCGCCGCCCAUGGGUCCACGACGGAGCAACCGCCGGUGAUUGCCGCGAACCCGCCCAAGAGCCCGUUGCACACGUCGGUGACGUUCCAAUGCCCAGACAAAAUUCUUUUCACGAACAAGGUUGUGAGGGCGGCGGUGCAGCCUGCCAAAGUAGUGGUGACGGCGGUGCGGCCUACGGCACUCCACUGGCCAUAGAAGCCACCACCAGGAUACGCGACCAGUAUUUUGGUAAAUGACCCGGGAUUGAACCCGUACCACCCGAACCACAACAAGAACGUGCCCAGAACCACUAACGACGCGCUAUGACCACGCAGAGCAACGGAUCGGCCCGAGCUAUCGAAUCUGCCGAUUCUCGGGCCUUCGAUUAUUGCACCGUAUAAUCCGGCUACUCCACCGACCAUGUGAACGACUCCAGAACCGGCAAAAUCAAUGACUCCGGAUCCGAAAAGGAGAUCUGAAUUAUUGGUCGGGCUGGCCCACCCGUCUACGGACCAGAACCAAUGGGAAACGACCGGGUAAACAAAGCCGGUGAGAAAAGCAGAGUAUAUCAGAUACGCCACAAACUGGGUCCGCUCGGCUAUGGAGCCGCUGGUUAUGCCGGCGGCGGCUAUGGCGAAAGCCCAUUGGUAGAGAAAAUUAGCGUAAUCCAUCCCUGCGUCGGCGUCGGGGAUACCCUUCAAGCCGAAGAAGUUAUUUCCGAUGAAGCCGUUGGAUUUCUCGCCGGUUCCGAAGGCAAAGGCGAACCCGAAAAGGUAGUAGAAGAGCCCGCCGGCGGCGGCGUCGAGGACGUUGGUGAGCAUGAUAUUCUUGGUGUUCUUGGCGCGGACUGAGCCGGCGCAGAGCAUGGCGAAGCCGAGCUGCAUAGAGAAGACCAAGUAAGCCGAGAAGAGGAGAUAAGUAGAGUCAACGGCAUAGCCGGUAACGACGAAAGCAUCGGAGACGUCGGAAAACUGCUGGCAGAUGUAGGAAGCGGCGGCGGAGGCGUUCGUGGUGUUGGGUCCAAGAAGUGAAGCGAGUUGAUCGGCGGCGCAGCUCAGGGACGCCAUGGCUUGGUUUUGCAGCUGAGGCCGAAGCCUGUAAUAUAGUGUGUGGGGGAGUAGGCGGGCAGAGAAUUCGCUACGGAAUGGGACGUUGACUUUUCAAAGGUACCACAACCGUACAAGUCAGAUUUCUUUGACCAGGAUGCUUGACUUUUCGAGUUUCAAGGCCCAUAUUUGGUUCAGAUGGUUAACUAUUAUUUGAUGGCAAGAUAUGUGUAUUCCCUUUCACAACAAAACAGGCACCAAAGAGAAGAAGUAAGAAUAGGCCAAAGGGAACUCUAGAGACAAAGGCAAUCACUUCCAUCACCAAACAAGUCACAAGGGAUUAAUUACCUACUUUACAAGAUUCUACCCGCAAUCAAAGAGAAAUGGCCCGAAGUAACAAGUAUCGAUUGCCACACAUUUGAAAAGCAAAGCAAAGGAGGCAAGGAGAAUUGAUGCAAGAAGCCACAGUUGCACAACAACUAAUCCAUCAGGUUGUAAGCUAUCUCAACUAGCUAUUCUUCAGUCCACUUUUGGCUUUCUGGACUCCAACGAGGAUAACAAGAGAUCGGAAUCAAGCUUUGGUCUCCUACUACAGCUCGAACAUCAGCCCAAUAAUCAGCAUCUGAUUUGACUUUUUUUAUAUACUACAAGGGUCUAUUUGACAGCUUUCCCAAUAUAGUACUACCUCCGUCCCGCUAUGAUUGUCCCAUUUUACCUUAUCGGUUCGUCCCAAUAAGAUUGUCACAUACCAAAUUUGGUAAAGUUUGUGUGUCUCUAAAUUAUUCUUACUUUAUUCUUACUUUAUCAAUACAAUAUCAACUACAUAAACCACCUUUUAUUAAUUUGUGUGUCACUCUCUUUUAUCCCAUUGUUAGCGGGACGAAAAGAGUAUGAGACAAUCAUAGUGGGACGAUCGAAAUGAUAAAACGGGAUUAUCAUAGCGGGACGGAGGGAGUAAUAUAUAAUGGGAUAUUAAACAUAGUUCAUGUAUAUAAUUCCAAUCUAUUAAAAUGACACAUGAAUCUUAGUUCAACCUAAUUGGCGGAGAAAACUAAAGUCGUACACUUUAAGUGGUGGAAGAAAAACGGUAAGCAAAAGUCGAUAGGGAGAAGUUCAUCUUGGGGUACCUUUACCUUUUCACAUUUAAAAAUUGUAUUACUUCUUCAUGCCCUCAAAGAAACUUUGAAAAUUGAAAUCAGCUUGAGGAAGUUUAUUUUUACUUUUUAGUCUAUUUAUAAAAAAAAAUCCUAAAAAAUGCCCUCAUCACCGGGUCCAGUCUUGUACUCAGCCCAGAUAACUCAAUGUCCCAAAUCCUAACUACGGAGUAAAAUACUUUUCACCUUGUCAACAUUUUUAAUUAGUAGGGAAGUUUAGAGUUUAACAUUAUUUCCCAAAAUUAGAACCAAGUAGGCCGCGAACUGUAUUGCUGGAGUUGGCGAGUCGAUCGAUUGAAGAAGAAGAACGACAGACGAUGGACGACUAAGAGCACUGAAGCUAUAGGGCAGACGGAAAUUUGAGACCUAGACAACGGGAGAGAAACCGGAAGAGCUCCCAGAAGAGAGGCAAAAGACAAAUAGUGUUGGGAAAAUCGAAAAAAUCGGCUCCUCUGCAUUGCAAAAGUGCAGGUUCUUCUUGAAGCCAAAAGUGUAGAUUUAGGAUGUUUUUACUAUAAACAGACCAGUAUUUAUAGAGCCGGUAUUUAUAGAAAUCUCCACCACCCGACGGACCAUUGAGCGCGCGACAGGUGGCGAGAAAUACUGCUUUCAAUUGACGCGAACUUGAAAAUCAUCAUUGCAUGUCAUGUGAUUGAAGCUCUAUGAUCUGCAAAGAUGUGGAGGCGGUUUGCUGAACUCUCUGGGCGCUUUUCUACAACAUUUAAACCUUCUCAUCUCCAGAUCCGAGCAGCUAAUGGGAUAACUAAUUGGCAAGAGUUUUGUUCAGAUGCUCCCAAACAGGCAGUAGGUGGAACCUCUACUCGAAAAACGAUCCCAUUCAUAGCUUUUAUUCUAGGAGGACCCGGUAGUGGAAAAGGCACUCAAUGCAUGAAAAUUGUUGACACCUAUGGGUUCACACACAUAAGUGCUGGGGAACUAUUGAGGAAAGAAAUGGAUUCCAAUAGUGAAUACAGCACUAUGAUUCGAAAGAUUAUGAAUGAAGGAAGAAUUGCUCCAUCAACUCUGACUAUCAAGUUACUUAAAAAAGCUAUUGAAUCAGGUGAAAAUGAUCGGUAUCUCAUAGAUGGUUUUCCCAGAAGCGAAGAGAACCGCAUAGCAUACGAACAAAGUAUUGGACGUGAACCAAACUUUGUGCUUUUCUUUGAUUGUCCUGAAGAAGUGAUGAUCAAAAGAGUACUAAACCGUAACGAGGGACGACUCGACGACAAUGAAGAUACCAUAAGGGCACGUCUCAAGACUUUCAGAGCUGUUACUUUUCCUGUAAUUGAGUACUAUGCCAAAAAGGGAAAGCUUUACAAGCUUGAUGGUACUGGAACAGAAGAUGAGAUAUUUGAACGAGUCCGUCCCAUUUUUUCAGCAUUUAGGAAUGAAAUGUGUGGUUGAUGCAUACUGGUACAGCAGAGACUCAGAGAUUUUCGAAGGAGUCUGCCCCAUUUCCCAUCAUUUAGGUAAACCGGUAGAGCGUGAUAAAGUGGGCAUCUUCUUUUACAAUAAUAAACGAUCCAUGAGACCAUGAUCACAUACAACUCUGUUUCUUUCCCUUUACUGCCUUUUCCUUUAAUUUGGAGACGAGUAGGCGAGGGUUGGAACAUUAGACUGUUCUAUAAACACAAUGGCUUUCACUCAUCUUUAUGUCCACGCCUUUUAAAAUAUCUGGAUGCUUAAUAGUUAUGACUUAUGACUGCUUCAAACUGCUUCUAGAGUGCCAAUGGAGUAUUGUAAAGGUGUCUCUUUUAAGCAUUUGGAGAUAAAUUUAAUGUAAUAAAAUAAGUUCAAUUUCUCAGAUGCCAUUGUGUACUCUUCUC